CCAGAAGCGGUUUGCCACCCGCCACAAAACAGUAUUCGAAGAAGAAGAAGCGAAUACAGUGGUUGUUAGUUGUUUCUGCGUUGGCGGUUGUCGUUUAAACUGAGAUUAAAUCGUGUUUAAAUGUCUGUUUAGAGCGGCAUGAGAUAAUGUGUCCAGUCGCCUCCUAAAACGCGUUUACUGUAAUUGCGCGAGAGUGUUUUGCUAAGCUAACUUAAGUUGCUAAUGUUCAAGCGGUUAGAUUCACGCUCAGACGUUUAAUGUCCUUCAGGUCCCCCGAUAUACAGUAACCUAGUUGUUUGUAUUUGACUCAUGCUUGAGCAGGUGACAAUAAAAUAAGUGCUUUAAAUUGAGGUUUUAUUUAAAUCUAUGCAUCUAUUUUGUCGCAGUGAACGCAAGCACAGAGCUUUAUAUUGCUGUUAUACGCCGUUUUUUCUGUUUUCUGUGUGGAGACUUAAGCAUCUCCUGUGAGUCUCCUCGGAUAAAGCUCGUCCUCUAGCACACUGGCUCUUCCUCGGGUCAACGGCUGUUACCUCCCCAAACAAGAGACUGAAUUCAUCCACACGAUCCUCGAGGAGCUGGAUGAGUUUGAACAGCGAAAUGAGCACAAAAGCAUUCUACUCUUCCCUCCUAUCCCGAGCCGACUUCGCUUUCUGAUUCACCAAACCUGCGCGGAUCAUCCCAACCUCAGCACCUUCUCCGUGGGCGAGGGCUGCGCCCGCAGAGUCGUAGUGUGCUGUUCAGACCUCAGGUUGCCAGAAGAAGACCAGAGAGAUGUGGAGGCCAGAUCCCAUGGGCGAGCACGCAGUCGGGACAGAGACAUGGAGAACAACAGGAACACGCGCUCACUGGAGCCCAGCUUCAACAGCAGACAGAGAGCCCGACGGCCAGACAAGGCUGUUUACGUUCCGCGUGCUGCGAGAAACAAGAUCGAUCUGGAACAUCCAAAUCCUAAGGAAUCGUCUGAGGAAUCCCGCUCUGACGUUACUAAGGAACCGCUUGUAGCCGAUCAGAAGCCAGAGGUGGACAGCACUGGCCAGGCUCUGGGCGAUGAGGAGUUUGUGCAGCUUUCAAGGUCGGGUCCGUCACCAUGGCCUGCAGCCUGGGACCAGACUGUGACUUUUUUUAGCGCUUUGAAGUUAGAAGACGAAACAGAGGAAAUAUUUGUCAACAACGCGUUCCUUCCCGACGAUGCCACACUUCAGCAGCAGGUCGUUGAUGAAAGUCUGCUCUCAGAGAUCAAAGCCAAACUCAAGCAUGGGGACAUCACCAUACUCAACACCUGCAGUGAUUUCCCCGCCUAUGCAAACAUCUGGCUUGACCCACAGGAGUUCGGCCACGUCAUCGAGAUCUACGACUUUCCUGCCAUGUUUAAAACCGACGAUCUCCUUGAUGCCUUUGCUGACUAUAGUGAUGGGGGGCUGAAGAUCAAGUGGGUGGAUAACACUCGUGCUCUCGGGGUGUUUUCAAGUCCGUCAGCAGCUACGCAGGCUCUCUCCAUUAAACAUCCCGUCCUGAAGACCCGCUCGCUGCAGGAGGGCAGCCAGAAAGCAAAGUGGAAAGCAGCCAGACAUGCAGAGUUCAUUCAGCCGGUGAAGGAAAGGCCACGUACGGACACCGUGGUGGCUCGCAGGAUGGUGGCCAGAGCGCUGGGCUUGAGAGGGAGAAACAAAUUCAACUGAAUAAAUAGUUUCACUUCAGUCAAUACUACGCUGGGAAAAUGACAAAUGUCCUUGACACUAACUACAGAACCCAGACCUGCGAUGAAGACGCUCUGAAGCUUUACUUUAGCUGCAGAGCAAAUGGAAAUUCUCCAGCACAUGAAAUGUGUGGUCUCCCAAGUUUCCAGUUUUAAUUGGUUGAGUUCUGUACUAUUUUAGGGAACGAGCUGAUUGUAUGUUAAGUGAAGAUUUAUUUCCUGAGUGAGUUUUGGUAAGCUUUCAGAGAACUUGUGUUCUUUCGUCUUUAGCAGGAGACAGCCAGUGUUUCUCCAGCAUCAUUCAGCAUCUGGUCCAGCCAUGAUAAAGAGAUCCUUUUUAUUAACUUCAAUCUUUUUUAAUACAGAUAAGCUCUUUUGCUCAUUAGAUUUCCUGAAAAUGUGUCAUCAGGACCACAAUAUUGAAUCUAAUGAUUAAAUUAACAAGACUGCAUCAUAGGAA